GUUGUAGGGUUGGGAAAGAGCUAAAACUUGAGAUCGUACCAUCGAUUGAACUUGAACCGCUUAAGUCUUUGUAAGCUGAAUCAUGGACAAGCACAACAUUACUUUGAGGCCGAAUGAAAGUCAGUUAUGCUGUCAAAGUGAUAUUGAGGCAACCUUUUCCCUUGUCUCUGGCAUUUCUCUUGUUGUCAUAUCGUUUAUCACUAUCGCUGGGAAUGGUAUGUUGUGCGUGGCCAUAUACAAGAACCCACUGAAACGUUUCCGUUCCGCGCCAAUGCUCUUCGUAGCAAACUUGGCCGUUGCCGACUUCUUAACAGGCUCCAUCGUGGAUCCUUUGUACAUUACUUACAACUUUGGCUUCAACCAAGCUAAAGACUAUCAGGCCGCUUUAGCAGUAGGCGAUCAUGCUUCAUAUAUUACUGUCAAUGUUUCUCUUUGCACUGCGGUGGUUCUUGUCAUCGACCGAUUCCUGGCUUUAAAAACCCCCUUUCGUUACCGUAGAUUCAUGACGAAACAAAACGCGGUAGGAAUCGUGGUCGUCUUGUGGGUCUAUUCCAUAAUGUUCAGUUUCCUGCCACAUAUGGGUACGCACGACACUGUGUAUUAUUUGUUGGAUCUACACAUCCACGUCACUGGGAGCCUGUUCACUCUGACUGUUUUUCUCUUUCUUAUUUAUCGACUUUCUGUAUUAACCAGAAAUCAACGAGCGGGUAUGACUGACUCAAGUCCUCAACUUGAUCAGCGAGGAAGAUUACAACUGGUCCGCGAUAAGAAAACGAUUUGCACCUUUUUAAUCAUCUUAGUUGCAUGUUAUAUUUGCUUAUUGCCCUACUACAUUUACAUGCACGUAUUUUUGUUCUGUGCCUCGUGUCAGACAAGCUGGGUGCUUUUAGUUCUCAGCAAAAUUUCUGAGCCCAUAGUAUACAUGAACUGCGCAUUGAAUCCAUUUAUAUACGCUUGGAGACAUAAAGUGUUUCGGAAAUCACUGAAGAUUGCGUUCAUGCCCAGCCAAAUGAGAGUGAAACCAGAGGAAAUGAACUCGCAGAGAACCUCAGGGAUGUCAAUCUUUUAGGUCCUGAACCCCGAGCUCAAAGAAAAGAAAGCUUAAAAGUUAAAUUUAUUAGAUUAGUGCAUGCUCCUCCGGCCUUUACACAAAAUGGUAACCGGAGAGAAACAAGUCUCUUAUUCCAUCGCUAGUUUGAAUUAUAUUUAAUGUAAUAAAUCAAGACGUAUGUCCCAACUUAGAAAUAAUCCGUUAUGGUACGUUAAGUUCACCGUUAAGUGAAGACCAGUGGUGCAGAC